GAACCUCGGACGUUUAACCCAGACUGUGACGUUCGUAUAGUGGCAGUUGACUGUGGUUUGAAGUUUAAUCAAUUGCGGUGUCUUAUGAAGCGCAAAGCUAGUGUUACAGUUGUACCUUGGGACCAUCCUCUCGACCCAACACAGUAUGACGGACUCUUCCUGAGUAAUGGACCAGGUAACCCACAGAUGUGUAGUGCAACUGUUGAACAUCUUCGGUCAGUCAUGGCCUCAAGCAAUACUAAACCAAUAUUUGGUAUCUGCCUUGGCCAUCAGCUGCUCUCUGUGGCUGCAGGGUGUUCCAGUUACAAAAUGAAAUAUGGUAAUCGUGGGCAUAAUCAACCAUGUGUUCAUGAAGGCUCAGGGCGAUGUUUCAUCACAUCACAGAACCAUGGGUAUGCUAUUGAUACAACUUCAAUCCCACAUGAUUGGGCACCACUCUUCACAAACAAGAAUGAUAAUUCAAAUGAGGGUAUUGUUCAUCGUACGCUUCCUUUCUAUAGUGUACAGUUUCAUCCUGAGCACACUGCUGGACCAGAAGAUUUGGAAUCACUGUUUGACAUAUUUCUGGAUCUGGCAAGACAGUCAAGUCGAGGAGUGAUGCGUGAAAAUUGGGACCUUCCAUCCAUAAUCACUAACCAUCUGAGUUACAAGCCACUUCCCGAGGUGCCCCAAGUUGACGUACUACGACUUCCGAAAAAAAUUCUUAUUUUAGGCUCUGGUGGACUCUCUAUUGGUCAAGCUGGAGAGUUUGAUUACUCAGGUUCGCAAGCAAUCAAAGCAAUGAAGGAAGAGGGAGUUGAAUCCAUACUUAUGAAUCCUAACAUAGCAACAGUUCAGACUAGCAAGGGUCUUGCUGACAAAGUGUAUUUUCUUCCAAUUACUGCUAAUUAUGUUGAGCAGGUAAUUAAAUCAGAGCGUCCAGAUGGUGUUCUCCUCACAUUUGGAGGACAAACUGCCCUCAACUGUGGCGUGGAACUAGAGCGAGCUGGUGUGUGGGCCAAGUAUGGAGUUCGAGUUCUUGGCACUCCAAUCGCUUCCAUUGUGCAGAGUGAAGACCGGAAGAUGUUUGCAGAGGUGGUUGCCUCUGUUGGUGAGAGAGUGGCUCCCUCAGCUGCUGUAUAUUCUGUAGGGGAGGCUCAUGAAGCAGCAGAGAGGAUUGGCUACCCUGUAUUAGCCUCGGCAGCUUAUGCUUUAGGAGGCCUUGGCUCUGGAUUUGCUGACAAUUCACAGGAACUUGCUAAACUAGCAACAUCAGCCUUUGCUCACUCACCUCAGCUUAUUAUAGACAAAUCACUUAAAGGAUGGAAAGAAGUGGAAUAUGAAGUGCAUGAUGCUUUUGACAACUGUAUCACGGUUUGCAACAUGGAAAAUAUUGAUCCUUUAGGCAUCCACACCGGUGAGAGUCUUGUAGUAGCCCCAUCUCAGACAUUGACCAACAAGGAAUACAAUCUUCUUCGUUCCACUGCUAUAUCAGUUGUCAGACGUCUGGGUGUGGUGGGCGAGUGCAACAUCCAGUAUGCCUUAAACCCAACUUCAGAGGAGUAUUAUAUCAUUGAGGUGAAUGCUCGUCUGUCUCGGUCAUCUGCUUUAGCAUCUAAAGCUACUGGGUAUCCUUUAGCCUAUAUAGCAGCUAAGCUUGCCUUAGGAAGAGCUCUUCCUGAUCUGAUGAAUUCAGUAACAGCUUCGACUACUGCCUGCUUUGAGCCAUCUUUAGACUACUGUGUUGUGAAGGUGCCUCGCUGGGAUCUCUCCAAAUUUAAUAGAGUGUCUACAAAGAUUGGAAGUUCUAUGAAGAGUGUUGGAGAAGUGAUGGGUAUUGGGCGUAGCUUUGAAGAAGCAUUACAGAAAGCUCUCAGGAUGGUGGAUGAGGCUUUAUGUGGCCUUGAUCCAUAUGUUAGUGAAGCUGAUGAGGAGGAACUUCAGCAGCCAACAGAUAAACGAAUGUUGGUACUGGCUGCAGCUCUGAAACAAGGAUGGGAUGUUGAAAGAUUGUAUAAUCUAACAAGAAUAGAUAAGUGGUUCCUGUACAAGAUGAAGAAUAUUACAUCUAUGUAUGAUCACCUGGAGAAUCUUUGUUAUGAAGAAUUGUCUGAAAUAUUUCUUCGUCAAGCAAAGCAACUUGGAUUCUCAGACAAGCAGAUUGGAAAAGCAACACAGUGCACAGAGCUUGCUGUGCGUGCUCUCAGGGAAAAACAUGGUAUACUUCCUGUUGUAAAGCAAGUAGAUACAGUGUCUGCUGAAUGGCCAGCAGCAACCAAUUACCUUUACCUCACUUACUGUGGCAAGAAUCAUGACCUAAAUUUUCCUGCUGGUGCUACAAUGGUCUUAGGAUCAGGUGUAUACAGAAUUGGAUCAUCUGUUGAGUUUGACUGGUGUGCUGUUCAGUGCAUUCGAACUCUUCGCAAACUAGGCCACAGGACCAUCAUGGUGAAUUACAAUCCAGAAACUGUAUCGACUGACUAUGAUAUGUGUGAUCGACUGUAUUUUGAUGAGAUUUCAUUUGAGGUUGUUAUGGAUAUAUACAACCUUGAAAAUCCCCAAGGAGUGAUCCUGAGUAUGGGUGGACAACUUCCCAACAAUAUUGCUCUGGACUUACACCGUCAAGGAGCUCACAUUCUUGGUACCUCCCCAGAAUCCAUAGAUGGAGCAGAAAACAGAUUUAAAUUCUCUCGUAUGUUGGAUCGCAUUGGUAUUUCUCAGCCUCGAUGGAAAGAACUGACAAAUUUAAAGUCGGCUCAAAUAUUUUGUGAAGAGGUAGGCUUCCCAUGCCUUGUGCGGCCUUCAUAUGUGCUUUCGGGUGCCGCCAUGAAUGUAGCACAUUCUCACCAAGACUUGGAGACAUACCUCAACCAGGCUGCUGCUGUCUCCAAGGAACACCCAGUUGUCAUCUCAAAAUUCAUCCUAGAGGCCAAAGAAAUUGAUGUAGAUGCAGUGGCAGCAGACGGAGAACUCCUAUGUAUGGCAGUAAGCGAGCAUGUUGAAAAUGCUGGUGUCCAUUCUGGUGAUGCUACUCUUGUCACUCCUCCUCAAGAUCUGAACUCUGAGACCCUUGCAAAGAUCACAUCCAUCUGUGCUGCCAUUGCCAGAGCUCUUGAAGUUAAUGGACCAUUUAACAUGCAGUUAAUUGCUAAGGAUAUACAAUAG